AUACUCAUUUUUUUUGUUCCGCAGCUGGAGAGGGCUGAGGUGAGACUGGAAGGCAUUGACACCAUGCUGAAAUUGGCUUCAAAAACCUUCUUGCUGCCGUCGGUGCAGUAUGCAAUGCUGUGUGGGUGGCAAAGGGUCGUUCCAGAAGGGACCAACAUUGGAGAGCCUUUGUACGACUGCCUGAAGGAUGUGGAUUUGAUUCCUCCAUUCAACCGCAUGCUUUUGGAGGUGACUUUUGGAAAGCUGUAUUCUUGGGCCAUCCAGAAUAUUCGCAACAUUUUGCUGGAGGCCAGCGCUCGCUUUAAAGAACUAG